CUUGUCCCAAUCCGAGAAUUAAAGUUAGAUUGUAAAAAAUUUCUUUAACACAGGUCUAUUGUUCCUAAGUCCAAUAAUUUUAAUUGAUUCUAAUUGUGGAAUCGGCAGCACUUUAAUAUUCUAGUGUUAACAGUAUCAUAAAUAAUAUUUUUGGAGCAUACAACUCUACAAAUUGCAGUGCAACGAUUUUUUACGUAUUGUUAAAAUAGCAGGGCAAAAAUAAUAGAAGGUAUACUAAGAAGAGUAAUGAGCAAAUGAUUCACCAUAUCAAUUAGUACUGCAAUUUUGGUAGUAAUCUCAAUUAUGCCUCCAAAGAAAGGUGCAAACAGUUCAAAGGCAAAGAAAUCUAAAGCAUCAGAAGAAGGCAGCAGUGGAAAAGAAGAGAAGAAGGGUGGAACUACUGUGAAAGUUAGACACAUAUUAUGUGAAAAACAAUCAAAAAUUUUGGAAGCUAUGGAAAAAUUAAAAGGUGGGCAAAAAUUUAAUGAAGUUGCUGCAAUAUAUAGUGAAGAUAAAGCAAGAUCUGGGGGUGACCUUGGGUGGAUGUCUAGAGGAUCUAUGGUUGGUGCAUUUCAAGAAGCUGCAUUUGCAUUGCCUGUUUCUUCUAUUAGUUCACCAAUUUAUACAAAUCCACCAGUUAAAACAAAAUUUGGUUAUCAUAUUAUAAUGGUGGAAGGUAAAAAAUAAAUAUUCUAUUGAAAAAAAUUCGUAUGGUGAACGCCUAACACGGAACUGCAGC